ACUAAUGACGACGACGACGACUACGGGCAGCACAGCAGCGACUGUGACUGCGAAGACCGUCGUCGCUGAGCGCGAUGAGUAGCAGUGGAAUCACUGGCGCGGAUGGACGUGUUUGGUGUUUGAUAUUCUAGCCUCUCUAACUUGACCCCCGGGUUGUCGGUCGGACAGGCGCGCGGUUCUAGGGCCCUUCUUGCAACGGUUCUGCGGGACGCAGUUAGGUCCCCGUCUUUCGCGGUUUUGAACUCUGCGGCUUAGCGGUUUCGCGCGGAUGGUCAAAUCGGAUAACAGUGAACUAUGGGAUAAAAAUUGUUUUUGAUAUGAUAGGGACAGAAUCAGCGGCGAUCUAACGCGAACAACACUGAUUUGGUUUGUGGUUGUCAGUGGGCUAAACAGAGACGGAUGGCAAAUUCGGCGCCGACCAUAUGGUAAUUUUGCGGGUGCCAAACAGAGAUGAAGCAUACGUGUUAAAUCGUCACAAUUGGGUCGGUGCGGUUCCGAGCGAACGAAGACGGAGCUAGAGAAAGAGAGCGAGAGCAAGAUAAGGGAAAGAAGCGUGCAGAACGUAAUUGGGAACGAUUUGAGGGGUCAACGAAGCGCAGAACGCGGUUACAGAACGGGGGAGGAAUGUUUAUAAAUUAAUAUUAAUUCAAUCAACAAGAACGAGUGCGACGAAGAACCUAGAAGAAGUGAGAUCAGUCAGAUUACAGCUCGGAAGUGCAACGGGGAGGAAACGGCGAAUUUAUACGGCUCAAGAGGACCAUGGCUCGAAGUAAUCUAGAAAGGAUCACAACGAUCCGUCGGUGGUUACAGUGUCGACUCAAGUGAGCGAGGUCGCGUGUGAAUCGUGUAUUACCGAAGCCUAGGCGCAAACGUAGAACACGCGCUAGAGUGCAUCCUACGCUGCACAGCCGAAAGUGUCCCAUUCUUGUGUCAUCUUGUGCGAGACGGUGAGCUCGUUUCAUAUCAGUGUUUAUUGAAUGGUGCAUCGUGUGCGACAUCUGCUUAUCAAAGUGCAUAGUGAACACAAACGCGCUUCCUCAAGAAACGUGAUUUUUACGAAGCUGCUCUCCGUUCGUCUGUCUAGUGAUUGUGAGUGCUUAUACCGGUCAAACGAAAAUAAAUAAAAUAAAAGGAAAACACCUAUAGAAGAGAGCAUGAAUGUGAUCUUGUGUAGUUGUUAUUGUUAUUCACCACUACCACCACCAAGAUCAGCAGUGUAAAGAAGAGAGCUACGAUCGAUUGGGAACGGAUGCUGUAGGAGGAUCUAUUCACAAAGAUCGCUCUGGACCACCUAAGAAAGUCGACGCGUCGGCCGAGAGUGCGAAAGAGAUUCGCGAGCUCGUUUAUUUAGAAAUCGAAGCGUGCUCACCACGCAGUCAACGUAAACAAUAGUCGCGCCGCGCAUGCAAACAGUUCUGAAUUUGCAAAUAAUCAAACAGCGGCUAUUUUACGACCAUUGAAACGUAUGGCGGAGGGCCACCGAGCGCUCUUCUAAACAAGAGCACAUACCUCCGAGCGAUCCAGUAGAGGAGAUUGUUGAUUCUACGAAUUUCGCGAGCUCCAACUAAGUGAAGUGAAACUUGAAGAUGCUGUGCUCGAUUUGAUCCUGUGUCGACAAACAACUUAUCGAUCACCUGUGUAACUGCGUAAAAGUGCGAGCUGUACAAGCAAAUAUUUUACUGAACAAAACGUCUUAUCACAUCAACCACCCACCCACCUAAGCAUAGUUCAAGUUUGAAACAAGUGCUGAAAGUUUUCCUCAAUCGUGUCUUCGUGUUGUAAGUGUCUGUCGUUCUCUCUAUGGUAAUUCAUAAGUGUGUGUGCGUGUUUGUUAGUGUGUUUUAAUCCAAAAGAAGUUAUUGUGGAAGAAGCAGUUUCACUAGUCCCGAAAAUAAGGCAGUGAACGUGUCACCAAAUUAAAGGCUAACACACAAUAACUACCGAAAGACGAUCCGACAAGAAGACGUGGAAAACCCAAUGGAAGUGGGGUCUAACCGCUGCUGCCGAGAGCACAAAUAAGAAGACGAGCCGAGCCGGCAGUGGCGAAUAAUGGUGAUUUAUAACAAUUUUGUCGUUAUUGAGUGAAACUACUCGUUAGUGAGUGAGGGUGGAAGGACUCGACGACUCGUCGGAAUCGGAAGAAGGAAAGGAAGAUUGCGGACGCGUGAAGGGUGGUGUGAAGAGACGUGAACUGUACUGAAGCGAAGAAGAUAUGGAUAAUAAUACAGUGCAUCAUCGGGUCGGUGUGGGGUGUCAAGGAUAACGGAAGAAAGCGGAGAAGAGUACUAGAAGGAAGGGGGAAAAAGUUUCUUUAUUGAAAGUUGCCGGUGGAAAGCUUGACGAGGGAGAAGAAGUGUGAGUUGAGCAAAGUCCGGCAAGAGGCAAAUCAAGUGAAGCUCAGCCAGGAAGAAAGAGAAGAUUAAAGAAGAAAAGGUGCAGGGGUUCGAAAGAAGCUAUCGAGAGCGGGAGGAGAGAAGUGGUUUGUGCAGAGGCUGAGGAAGGCGCGGAGAUAGUCAGCCAGUUAAGUGUGUGGCUCUGUGAGGCCAGCUGUGUGUGUCCCUCAGUGUAUUCGUUUUGAUGCCAUCAUUACAGACUACAUUAUGGAAAAUUAUAGCUAGAGGAGUGUCAUUCGCGGUGACGGCGCUCCAGAAGGAAACAAAAGAAGGAUAAACCGUUCACUUGGAAACCAGACGCCGAGCUGGAAGCUGCAAGAACUACACAAGAUACUAUCAUCAUUAAAUCUUCCCGUUCGUCAUUAAAGAUCCACCGAUCAUCCAGCAUUGAAUGACAAUCGUCCAGAAAUCCAGUAGCUUCCGUUCGUUCCAUCCGCGCCCGCAUCUUCUACCCGUAGCCGUCCUGGACCGCAUCCGCUUCGAAUACUGCCCGCAGGCCGUCGGGCCACGCAUUUACCUUCCUUGCCCCGGGGCACCAACGGAUCAGCUCGAAUGUACCACAAAGCACCAGACGGCCACCGCGGAGUAGAUGUGAAGCUGUUGGCCGAACUGGGAUAUCUAGCGGAACGGUUACGAAACCACGAACAGCGCUGGGAGCUGGCCGAGCUGAAAGAUCUCCACAAGCGAAUCGUGCUGAGCUUCGAUGAGCUUCCGUUGAAUGUGGUCCAGGCAUCGGUGGACGAUCAGCUACGACCGGUCCAGUCGGAACUUCACGGGCGCUCCCAGCUGCAGCAGGAAGUCGAGCGAGCGGCGGAAGCGGCGCAGAAGGUGGAAGCCACCAAGAGGCAGCAGCGCCUCCAACGAAUACAACAAUCCACCCAACCGAGUCCAUGUGACGACGUCGAUCAUGCCAAACUAGUUCAAUUAGAGGACUUUCUCAUCUCAUUCUACCACAGUUACUCGGAAACGCACAAAUCAACGCCCAAGUGCAAAAAGACCAAGAAGUCACGUAACGCGGGAGCCAAAGACAAGGUGUUUCCCUUCCUGCCAUCAUCUUCAUCGCGAUCAUCAUCGCUAGCGUCUUCAUCGAGUUCGACCGAGGCCGGACCUCGACCAGAACAGUGUGAUAGCCAGUGUGCCACGGCCACCGCCAACGACGACAAACAGCCAAAGCAACUCCACCCGGAACAAUCAUUCACUACAUCGCAGGCCGAUCGUACUAUGAACCAGGAUCGCGAACCCGGAGAUCCUAACUCAGUAGUUGUUGAACCCGCACAAGCCACCGACAAACCGACGUCGACGACGACCAACGACGACAACUCCGAGCAAACCAGUGCCACAAUCGACGACAAUCACAGUGAUGCCAAACCAAUCGACAGCCCCAGCCCUGGUGCCGGAAGCUGUUCAACGACGCCGCAGCGAUCAAUCGCGAGACCCCCCGCGGAUAGCACAACCAAAGACGACGACGAGGACGCAACGACGACCACGACCACCACGACGACGGCGUCCUCCGAUCAGCAAACCGUAGUCAAUGUUGACGGAGCCGAACCCCUGGACCAGAAGCGACCUUCCCUGGACGCUCCGACGUCUUCCUCGAUUACAGCGCCACGACCCGGCAUGGCUACGGGUUGCGGUGAUGGUGACAGCACAGAACCGGACGAGGAGGAAGACGAUGAGGACGACGAUGAUGGGGUGGAGGGGGAGCGGGGCGGUUCCGGAGGAGUGGAUGCCAUCGAGCGGAACAAACUGCGGAAGAGAAUCUCCGAGCUGGCGAACAACUUUGCCAGUGCCAAGCAGUUCCAGCAGAUGUGCGACAAUAUCGAUGCGAUCAACGACGUCGAGCUGAGGGCGCUGAUCCGGGAGCUGAAGCGCAAGAUCGACUUUGCCGAGCGGAUGAACUGGUUGUGUCUGUCCAGCCGGCCCCGUAACCCGCCGCACCGGAAAACGAGCCUGCCGAAGCACUCGGACGUGAAGAAGCGCUUCCUGGAGAUUGCCGAUACGACCCUGGCCGACGAGGUGAAAGCCGCCCUCCGGCUGCCGGCGUUCGAUUCCUACGAGUGGGAGGACUGGGACGUGAUCCACCUGAUGCAGACCAUGUUCGUCGAGCUGAACCUGCUGGAGAAGUUCCAGAUUCCCCGGGACACGCUACGGGAGUGGCUUUACGAGGUUUACAAGCACUACAACGACGUCCCGUUCCACAACUACCGGCACUGCUUUUGCGUGGCCCAGAUGAUGUACGCCAUCACUUGGCACACGAAUCUGGUGCAGCGGUUGGGCGAACUGGAGGUGCUGAUCCUGCUGGUGUCCUGCAUCUGCCACGACCUGGACCACCCCGGGUACAACAACAUCUACCAGAUCAACGCCCGGACCGAGCUCGCCCUGAGAUACAAUGACAUUUCUCCGCUGGAGAACCACCACUGUUCGAUUGCAUUUCGGCUGCUGGAGCAUCCGGAUUGUAACAUUUUCCGCAACAUGAGCAAGGACUUGUACAAAGACGUUCGCGAGGGAAUCAUUCGUUGCAUUCUGGCCACGGAUAUGGCCCGUCACAAUGAAAUCCUAACGCAGUUCCAAGAGGCUACACCCAUCUUCGACUAUAACAAUAAGGUUCAUACCAAUUUGCUGUGCAUGGUGCUAAUCAAGGUGGCGGACAUCUCGAACGAGGCCCGCCCCAUGGACGUGGCCGAACCGUGGCUGGAUCGGCUGCUGCAGGAGUUCUUCGCCCAAAGUGCCGCCGAAAAGUCCGAAGGCCUGCCGGUGACGCCCUUCAUGGAUCCGGACAAGGUCAGCAAACCGGGCAGCCAGGUGCGCUUCAUCGGGCUGGUGCUACUGCCGCUGUUCGAGGCACUUGGGGAACUGUUGCCGGAACUGACCGACUUGAUCAUCACUCCGGUGCGGGUGGCCUUGGAUUACUACAAGAAACUGAACGACGUGGCCACCAGGGCGCGUCGGUCGAUUGCAGAAGCGGAGCAAUCGUCGGAGAACAACAGUACGGCCACGACGGGAACGGCUGGAACGGGUACGGCCGGAACCGGAGUCAGCAGUGGAACGACCACAGGUGGAACGGGAACCGGAUCCGGGCCGGGAACGGGCACGCCAGGAUUGGGAACCAGUUCGACCGGAUCGCCUCAGUUGCCGCGGUCGCAGAGCGGCAUCAGCGUGAAAUCUAGACGUAGUAUCCCCUCGCAAAUAUCCGCCUGUGGAACAUCUGUUGAUGAGUCUAUUUUAAUUACAGCCGAACUGCACGACCUUCCGGAGGGUAGCGAGAGUGGAGACUCGGAGACGGCCACCGAAGUGGAUGUUGCGGAGAAAACGUCCCGCUUCAAGGUGGAUACCGAGAGUAGUCACCGCAAGCAAUCGCACCCGAGCUCCCGCAAGGGGAGCCGCGAGAAGCGCCCGUCGAUGAUCGGCGAGUACUACACGACAGGUACGCGCAUUCGUGGCUCCCACGGCAACAUUCAGCAUACUAAUCGAACGUAUUUUGGUUCAAAUCGUGCUAUUAGCUUAGAUCAGUACAGUAACAGCCGCCGGAUGUCCGACGGCAUCCAGAUACAGACCGUGGUGUCCGAUAACAGUGUGUACUACCAUCAGCGGCAGCACCGGAGUCUGGAGCACGAUUCCAUCGGUGGCGGCGGCGGUAGCGGCAUGUACUCGUCGUCGGACCGCAGUACCAGUCUGAACAGUAGCAAUGAGCAGCAACAGCUGAUACAGCAACUACAGCAACAGCAACAGCAGCAGCAACAACAACAACAGGGGCCAUUUCAAUCUAGUCACCAUGCGCAUUUCCACCAUCAUCAUCACUACCAGCAGGCGGCGGCUGCGUUGCAUCAGCUGCGAGCGGUUCAAGACUGUGAGAACAUGAACAUAAGCGUGCCUACGACGGCAACGGCUGUGGCGACGAGUUCGGGGAAAUUGUAUGCAAACUUGAACAAUAACAACAACAGUAGCAACAAUAAUAAAAACAUUGGCAGGAAGAUGAACUGGUGUCAGCAGCAGAAGCUGGAGAAGAUAAAGAACGCGAGUAACAACAAUAACAAUGGAGGAGGAUCAGGCGAAGAAGCGGGUUCUGCUGGGAAAGCUACCAGCAGUGCAGUAAACGGGACGAAUGGAACGGCGUCAAAAUCGAUCAUAUCAAGACUGAGACAACUGACUGGAAGAUUGAGCUUUAAUUUUGACUCGAAGGAAUCCAAGAAGCUGCAACAAACGGUUGCGGUAGAUGUGGUGGAUGUUAGGGAGUCACCCCAAGUUGACGGAUCGGGAAAAGGAGGCAGCACUAGUUGCUUGCAGAAGAAGGCACGCCUUCUGGAAAAAUCAAAGACUGUAGAUGUGGGAGGUUCGGUUGCGAUCUGUGGCGGAGGCGAAGGAAUGGGAGAGUACUGCUGUGCUACCGGAGUGAUACUGAAUCAACCAAAGUCGAUAUCGCCAAUACUUAUGCAACAACGGAACAGCGACAUCAUUAGUUCGAUCAACACGGCACGGAAUCGUGCCUACAGCUUGGAUGUACCCAUAGGUCGAAAUUGCUGUCGAAGUCUAAGUGGAAGCACUGCUGGCGGAGGAGGCUCGAGUUGCGGUGGAAGUCACAAGAGUUUGACAUUUUCUCUGAACAAAUCGUUGAAUGAGGAAGCUAACGAUACGACGUUAAGCUCAGGAGGAGGAUUGCGCCAGCCACCGAUAGAUGACACUACUAAAAGCGGGGGCAGCAUAAGCGAAACCAUUUGACAACACCCUUACGAACCAUCACUGCAAGGCAUCCUGCUGGCGUCGAGCUCACUUCAGACGGAUUCACCUACUCCAACGCCAUCGUCGAGACAGUCGCAUCAGUUGUUGCCGGCUAGCAGCAGUUCCGGUGGCAGCAACCCACCGCCGCCGGUACCACUGCUGCAGUACAGUCGGCGGCAAUCGUCACAGGAUGGCGCUGGUCAACGAGCUCCGUACGCCGAAUCGGAGUCUAUUUCAUCCAAACACACUUCGGUGCUGGUCAGCUACUGGGCUUGUCUGACGGAACGGAUGAGCUCACUGAUCUGCAAGUGCUGCGAGCGAACACUUCCUCCGGCGGAGAGCGUCUGAAAUCAGGAGUACUGACGGACGGUCAAAGCGGACGAGGAGUCACAGUGCUGUGGAUGGUUCGUGGGAGGCCACAAGCUUUCCUAAUGUAGGUUAUGUUCGAUAACACAAGUAUUCAUGGAAAUCAAUACGUUCGACUGAUCAGCUCCCGCAAAUUUUAGAACAGUUUUGAAAUUUUUACUAAACUAAGCAAAUUGACCAAGAAAACUUCACACUUUCCGAAACCAAAGUAAGAGAAAUAAUCAAUUGUAAUACUCAGUCAGUUUGAAAUCACAUUUAGCAACUCACACGUCGAACAUUUAUCCACCACAACGCGAACAUAUCACUUUCUACUGUUCUAACGACUAACAAUACAAACUUUAAGCCAAAUCGAAACGUCAAUCCGAAUUUAUGCACCUGUUUGACACAUUCGUCGGUCCCGCUAAAGCACACAAACAACCAUAACAACUAAACUGUAAACAUAACGGUGCAUGAUAAGACUCUAGGGGCCCUUAAUUUUCCAUAGGAAACCCACAUUUCUAGCUCUAUAGCGAUCGAAUGGCAAAGGAACACCUUCUUGAUAUUUAUCCUUUGAACUAAAUACUACAAACAAACAGACGAAACACCUAGAACAAUUUUCGUGAAAAUUCAUCGCCCAGGUCACACUACCAUCACCUGGUGGAAAUGUUUCACGCUACACUGAGUUGUGCAAUAUCGUCAACAGAAGGCGCUAGUGUGAAAUGUCAAACGCGAAGAAAAGCGAUGCGCGCGCCUCUGGUUCUGAAACCUACAACUAUGUUGAUUCAAAAUUAUCGUUAAAAAAGUGGUCGAUGGAAAUUUUGCAAGUGUUUCGUCUGUUUGGCUGUGUAAAUACCCUUCGAAGUCUGAAGAGCGUUAGCCAGCUCGUGACUUUGUCUUUUCGUUAGUAUCCCCAACAAGCAAAUCCCGUUUCUAGUGCGAUCCGGCCAACAACGGAUCACGCCUAACUGUAGUCUAUCGACCUAACGCGCAAGAGAUGAGUAGGCGGCGCUCCAGUCACUGACAGCCGUCAGACUAUAAUAUCGACUUAUUUUAGAGGUAAACAAUGAAACACUGACUACCGACUCUAGAUAUGAUUGAAAAUUCAUGUUGCAGGCAACAUUAUAAAUAAAUUUGAAGGAUGUAACACUCACACAUACACACACACACACCAACACACACGUAUGCAUAAAAGUAACGUUUUUUCCACUUAGGGGUACUCACGCUGGAGGUGAAUAGAUAUGCCAGUCGGUCGAAUAUCGAACCCCUCCUUUACAUCGGUGUCAAUGUCUCUUAAUGAUCAACAGAAUGGGUAGUUUUAGCAAACAACUAGUGUCGUAAGUGAAAGCAGAAUAUAUAGGUAAAUCCUAGGUGUUAGUACGUCGUCACAACUCUGGAAGUAUGUAUCUAUUGUUUAAGGAACUAUCUACUGAAAAUCAGUACGAAAAAGACUAACACAAACAUUAUUAAUUGUUGCGAUUUGCGAAUGGUGCGAACACGUGGCUUAAGCCGCCAGAUUCUUGAAAUUUUAUUUAUUUGGCAACCCGGCGGCGUGCGCCACAGUAGAACAAGUUUCCUCCUCAAACUUUAGCGACCAAAUUAGCCAAAUCUAGAGCUAUUGACAAUGUGCCACGAGAAACUGAAACUGAAACGUAUCCUCCUUUCCCCAGCCCAGUCCCAACCUAACUCAAUGCAUCCCACCAUUUCAAAACUUAUUAGGAAACUCCUCGCUGAAAUAUUUCCGGCCCCGACAAGAAGGUUUGAAUGGACCAAUAUUAGUCUCAAACCCCUGAAAGUGUGACAGCAAAACAAACACUGAAACAAAACUGUCUUCUGAAAGUUUGCAAAUAAGCGGUUGCACCAAAACUCCUAGACUAAAUUAGAGCAUCCGGACUAGAAUAGGCCACAAUUCGAUGUUUCCGCCAGUGGAUCCGCGAGGAGAACAAUGUUAAAGCAGAAGUGUCAUACUAAUAGAUGUGAUUUCAGUGGAUUAGACAUUAACCCAAAAAAAGGGAAAAGCUCUCAAACAAACGUUUAGUUUUAGUCAAAUGCGCGACGAGACUCACACACGCGGAACACUUUCGGACGCCCGGACGCAAAAAAAAACACUGGAAUCUUUAGAGGAAUCAUUAUAGAAAUACUAUAAAUAUUAAACCUAAUUGGUAAGUGAUUCGGGAGCCUGACGGCUAAAAAAAACAAUACGAUAUUUAGAGGUGGAACGCCUUCGGGAAGGGAAGACACCGUUCGAUAUAAACCAUGGACAUUAAAGAAACUAGAAAGAUAAACUAAAUUAUAGAUGUAAAUUUACGCGAUGGUAACGAUCGGCGCUGAUUGAUUGGGUCCGAAACGGAGACGCAGAGCGCUCUACACAGUGUUGACAGAUGUCAGUUAUUUGUCAAGCGUGUUUCUUCAAAUUGAUCUGCAUUGGAACCAAUUUUCCCCAGGCAACGUAGUCAUUGCAGAAGCCGGCGUUACUCCGCAGAACUGUGGGAUUUAUAAAUCAGCAAACUAAAUGGAAUACAAUUAUUUGAAUAAAUAAAAAAACAUCGGGCAAAAGUACCGGAAAUGAAAUAAAAAGAUGUAAAACAUAAAAUAUUACGAAUCUGA